AUGGCGUUUUCUCCUGAAUUUCUCAGUCGCCUCAGUGAGCUGGGCAACGAGUACCAGCGGCUGUCUGAGGACCACGAGAAACUCAAAGGGACGGAAAACCAGCUGUACGAGCAGAUCACGCAGCUGCAGAAUGAGGUUGGACAGCUGAAGGAAGGCCGGAGUUCGCUGCUGAGUGAAAACAGAAGUCUCAUCGAGAAGCUGCAGCGCGUCACUCAAGACCAUAGCCUGCUCCAAGACGAGUUCCGGGAACUCAAAGAGGACAAUGGCAGGCUGUCCCUCCAACUCACAGAAAGUCGCCUCGAGACUUCAGAAACGAGAGAACAACUGGAGAGAGAAAGGCUAACCCACGCGGCGUCCGUGGGAAAGAUGGGGGAAAGUCAGGAAAAACUGAAAGCGGAAAUUGUCGAGCUCUCGGAGAGGAACAAGUCCCUUAACAAGAAGCGCCAAGACGCUGCUGACCAGCUGCGGUUGGCCGCCGAGGAGCAAACGAGAGUCGCCGAGCAGGUCAAGGCGCUGCAUGUCGAGAAGCGUCAGCUGGGAGACAGGACGAAGCAACUGACUGAAGAGAGCCGGCUGUUGGGGAUGCGGAUUCGGACCCUCACAGCGAAGAAUAAACAGCUCGGCGAGGACAAGCAGCACGCCCUUCAGAACAUGCAGCUGGCCCACGAUGAAGAAAAACAAAAGUUGGAGAAGAAGAUCCGGGCAAUGGAGUCGGCCAGGGAGGAGGCGCUUGCAGCCGCGAAGCACUUAGAGGAAGAGAAAUCCCGACUCGAGCAGGACUUUCGCAGCGCCGAAGAAGACAAACGGCAAAUGGCCGAGCAGAUCCAGAGUCUGGGGGCGCGACUUGCGGAGGCAACAAUGGAGCGUAACAAACUUCAGGAUGCUCUGAACAAUGAGCGAAACAUCGUCGAAGAAAACAAAGAGCGCCAAAAGAUCGAAAUGGACAAGUGCGUGAGGCGUCUCACCGACGAGCAGAAUCGCCUCAAGGAAAAGUUUGCAGCCGAUUACAGGAAAGCGUGCGACGAAAUCGAGCGUCUAACGAACGAGAAGCAACAAGUCGUUGGCCACAUCCUCGAUUUUUCUGAAAUGCACGGAGCUUCGAACGGCCCGAGCAGUGAGGCUGCAACUGCCCGAAGGUCUCCAGAUGUUGCGGACUAUAGCAGUGUCAUGACUGCAACCAGGAGCGUUGCCGUCCGUGUCGUCCACCUCGAAAACACUGUCAAGCUCUUAACAGAUCAACAUCGCAUACUCAAUGAGGAGAAGGAGCGCCUCGAAAGAGACAUUGCUCACCUCGUGCAACAGAACCAGCAUGUGACCCAGGCGAGAAAGCUUCUGGCCGGGCAACAUGCACGCAUUCUCCAGGGAAUCCGAGAGCUCGCGGAGGAAGCAAGCCUCGCGCAGUCGGUCCUGGGAAGUGGGGACCUCGUAGGCACCAGUUCCGCCUCCCCUUUCGCAGGUUUGUCUGUUUUCAGCAAAGAUGCAGAUUCCGGUGGGUGUUUCUUAUCAACCGAGGCGGCGUCCUCGUAA